CCCUUCCUUUUCCUCCUCCAAUUAUCCAGGGACUCCUCUGCCAUGACAGUGCGCUGAGUGUGAUUGGACGCCAUGGAUCGCUAUGCAGAGGUGAAGCUUCUUCUGAAACGCUGGGAGGGAGACUUCCUGAGGGAACAUGAGAGACGACCCACCAAGGCCGACAUCGAGAAAGCACCGGAGGAAACGCAGAACCUGUACAGGGAGUACCGGGCCCUGAAACAGAAGCAGCAGGCCAAUGAAUCUGUGCCAUGUGUGGAGGAUGGAGCCGCAGACCAGGCUCCCGAGAGUGAGCAGGAACCCGACUCCUGGGGGACCCACCUGAACCGUGCCGCCAGUCUGACUCCGAAGAUGACUUCAUCAGAGCGUGCCUCCCUCAAAGCCUCUGCGCAGUACUAUGGAAUGAAACUGAAAUCCAACCUGGGAGGAGCUGGGAAGAACCGUCCUUGGUCCUUGAAGAAGCCGCUUAAUCCUCGCUCUCCUGCUAAUGCAGAGAAGAAGACCGUGCCUUCGCCCGCCUGCGUCUCAUCUGAACCCUCCACUGAUCCUCCUCCUGAUCCUCCUCCAGAUCCCACUGAGGAUUUGCCUCUUACGCUGGGCCUGAGAGCCCACAAGGUUCAUUUAACCCCUUCCAGUCAUAAUGAUGUUGGGAAGAAGCUUCACCAGCUCCAGUCUAAAGUUGGGCAGCGCCUGUCCUCACUGGACCCGGACUGGUUGCAGAGAUGUGAACUCCGAAAGGCGGGAGAAGGAAAGGGAGAUAAACCAAUUAUGGAAGAGAAGGGAGGAAGAAAGGCUGGGAUGGGGCUGAUGGACUUCCAGUGGUCUUCUGUAGAUGGACAUUCUCCUCAUUCCGGAAGGUAUCGGGGUGAGGUGAGGCAUGGUGUCACGUCAAUAGAUGACACAAAGGUGAGUGUGACCACCAAUGCUGGAGAGGAUAGUCCACACAUGACCACCAAUGCUGGAGAGGAUAGUCCACACAUGACCACCAAUGCUGGAGAGGAUAGUCCACACAUGACCACCAAUGCUGGAGAGGAUAGUCCACACAUGACCACCAAUGCUGGAGAGGAUAGUCCACACAUGACCACCAAUGCUGGAGAGGAUAGUCCACACAUGACCACCAAUGCUACAGAGAAGAUAAGUGAACCGCUAACAAACAGAUGGCCAAACCGUCACCUGAAGGAGGUGGACACAAACCUUGAGGAACAAAGAAAGCCGAUCCUUCCCAUCCCAGAGAGGAAGAAAGAAGUCCUCCAUCACCCACCCGGACCGAUCGAUGGGCCGAGCCUGGAAGAAGCUGCUUCCUCAUCCAGCAAUCCAUCCUCUGUACAGGGACAAUAUAAAGAGCUGGAAGGAUCCACAGAGGACAGUAAGGGGACAGAUGUGACCCCACAGGACGGAAAAGUCUCCCGACGGAAAAGGCGAAGGGAUGCAACCAACAAUCCAGAUCCUGAUGAGGUCCGCUCACAGAAGAGACAACGCAAAACCAAGCUGACCGCAGAGGAGAAGAGUCCCAAGAGACGCAAGAAGUCUACCAUAGGCGAAGACUCCGAGGAUCCGCCCAGAACUGACCUCCCCAGCCAAAUGACAGAGAACCUCCUGGGGGAAAUGAUGGAAGAAGAAGACGGGCCGAGAUCCGCUGUACAUACUCAACGAAGUGGCAGGGAACCACCGAGGAGAACAGAGAACUUUGUCCGCAUUAAUCUGAAGAAGAAAUCCCAUGUAAAAAAUUUUGUGUUGAAUGGCAACAGACUGAGAAAACAGAUGUGGAAGCAGAAGUUUCAGAAGAAGGGAGAGCAGUUUGGUGGAGGAGGAAAACAUUUUAACCACAGUGAGGAUACUUGCUUCCAUUGUGGCAUGAUGGGCCAUUGGGCGUCACAGUGUCCCGGCAAAGUACUUCCAGUCACAAAGCCGGAGGAGACCGAGCCGGAGGAGGAGGAGAGGGUGCCACCAUCAUUGGAGGAUGUGGCCAGGAUGACCAACACUCAGAUGGCCACCAUAACUGAAAUCUGUGAAGAUCAUCACAAUGUGACCCAUGAAGUGGUCAGACCAGUAUAUGAACCAGCCACACGCCCUCCCGCCAUGACGCCUCUUUAUGAGCUGGAACCAUCGGGGGCAGUCCGAGAUACUCCCCCCGAGGUGAAUGCCGCACUUGCUGAGUUGGGUUAUCAGAGUUUUCGUCCAGGGCAGGAAGAGGCCGUCAUGAGGAUUAUGUCCGGUCUGUCCUCCCUGGUAAUCCUCUCCACAGGAAUGGGGAAAUCGCUGUGUUAUCAGCUACCAGCAUAUUUGUAUGCAAAGAGGUCUUCGUGCAUCACGUUGGUUAUAUCACCGCUAGUAUCACUGAUGGAUGACCAGGUUUCUGGUCUCCCCUCUAAUCUGAAAGCCGUGUGUAUACACUCCAACAUGACAAAAGCUCAGCGAGAAGCGGCUGUAGAGAAGGUAAAACAAGGCAAGGUGCAUGUGCUGCUCCUUUCACCGGAGGCUCUGGUUGGUGGAGGUCGGUCAGGAUCCAGUUGUUUGCCCCCUGCUGACCAGCUCCCCCCAGUGGCCUUUGCAUGUAUAGAUGAAGUUCACUGUGUCUCGGAGUGGUCCCACAACUUCCGGCCUUGUUACCUUCGGCUGUGUAAAGUUCUUCAGGAACGCCUCGGUGUUCGGUGUCUUCUUGGCCUCACAGCCACGGCCACCCUGAGUACCGCUCAAGAUGUAGCCCGUCACCUUGGGGUGUUGGACAUCGGCAAGAUGCCUCUGCGGCUGGCAGCUGUACCUCCUAAUUUACACCUCUCUGUGUCCAUGGACCAAGACCGGGACAAGGCUCUCGUUACACUCCUAAAAGGUGACCGUUUUGGUUGUCUGGAUUCUGUCAUCAUCUAUUGCACACGAAGGGAGGAGACUCAGCGCUUGGCAGCGAUGCUUCGUACGUGCCUGCAGGGGGUGAUAGUGACUCGCACAGCAGAGGAGAAUGAGUCGGAGAAGUAUGACAGGAAGAAGGCACUGGCAAGGAAGAAGAUUCGCCGCCCACUGAAGUGGAUGGCGGAUACGUACCAUGCAGGGUUGUCAGCUGCUGAGCGCCGGAGGGUGCAGAACAACUUCAUGAGCGGUCAGCUUCGAAUCGUCGUGGCUACUGUGGCAUUUGGGAUGGGUCUGGAUAAAGCCGACGUUGGAGGGAUCAUCCAUUACAAUAUGCCUAAAAACUUUGAGAGCUAUGUCCAGGAGAUUGGCAGAGCUGGGCGAGACGGCAAGGAUGCCCACUGUCACUUCUUCCUAGACCCCAAUGCGCAGGAUUUGGAUGAGCUGCGCAGACACGUGCAUGCCGAUUCCGUGGAUUACAUUACGGUGAAGAAACUUGUCCAGAGAGUCUUUCCUAAGUGCAAGUGCCGUGACAUCCAGAAGAAGCGCGACGCUCUGAGGAGGGGCUGUGAGCUGAACGAUGAUGAAAUGUUGGAUUUCCUGGCACAAUGUGAUGGUCAGGAAGAGGCCAGAGAAAUACCUCCAUCUGUGGAGAAAGUGGUGGAGCGGGCGUGCCAUAGACAUGAGCGUGUGGUUCCUAUAGAGGAGACGGUUCAGGCGCUGGAUGUCCGGGAGGAAGGUAUUGAGACUCUUCUUUGCUAUCUGGAGCUCCAUUCUUCUCAGUGGUUGGAGCUGCUGCACCCCACCUUAUCGGUCUGCCGGGUGACAUGCUAUAGUGGCCCUCAGCAGCUGCGGGCCCUUGCACACAGCUGCCCUCCCGUGGCCGUGGCUCUGGCUCGGGAACGUAUGUCGGGUGUUGAUCACACACAUGCCAGUUCUGUGGAGUUCAAUGUGGUGGAUGUGGCGGAUUCCAUGGGCUGGGAAGUCAAUCCAGUGAAGAGGGCUCUCCGCAACCUGCAAUGGAACUCUUCCUCCUCCGGAGGGUUCCGGGGGACGGGCCGCAGCGGUAUCCUGGCUGAGUUCAGCGGUCUGUCCUUUCACUUUCGUUCUUAUGGAGAUCUGACCGAUGAGGAAUUGGAGGAUGUCUGUGACUUUCUCCAUCACAAAGUUUCUUCACGAGAGGCGACGGCUCUGAGGCAGCUGAAGUCAUGUUACCGGGUCUUCCAGAGCGUGACGUACAGGAGCAGCGCGGGCUGCGCAGAGCGCGUCAAUCUGGAGCGCAGCGCUCAGCUGAAGGCUCACAUCCUGGAGUAUUUUGAGGGGCGAAAUCCUCUAAAUGAUGAAGAACGAGACAAUGACGAGGAAGAGCUGAGCAAAGCGAAGGCUGCUGAUUGGUUGGCUCAGUUGUCUGCUGACGUUCGUCAUUUCCUCUCCAUUCACCAGGACGAGCGUUUCUCGGGCCGCGCCCUCGCCCGCAUCUUUCAUGGGAUUGGAAGUCCAUGUUACCCGGCGCAGGUUUACGGACGAGAUCGGCGCUUUUGGCGGAAAUUCCUGCACUUGGACUUUAACAAAGUGAUGCAGAUCUGUAAAGAGGAGAUAAUCCGGCUGCGGUGAGACGCGGAGAUCGGCAGGCGCUGCCUUAAUGUCACAAACCAGAAGCCGGAUGUAUAUUUAUAAGAUUAAUAUUUAAUAAAAUAAACGUUUUUUAUAAAGAA